UUCAGGCUUACAAAUGUCAGGUUUCGUCGUGUGCCUGGGCGAGACGCUCUUCGACUCGACGCCGGCCGGCAUCUUCCUCGGCGGCGCGCCCGGCAACGUCGCGGUCCACCUCUCCCAGCUCGGAGCAAAGGUCGAGUUUGCCUCUCGCGUCGGCGACGACUUGCUCGGCCGCGAAGCGCGGCGCCGGCUCUCGUCCUACGGCGUCGGGGUGUCGCUCCUCCAAUCCGAGACGACACCGCCGCGCUCGGGCGGUGGCGGCGGCGCGGGCGACGGCCCCGGCGGGUGCGAGACGGGCUUCGUGCUGUGCGAGAUUGCGCCGAAUGGUGACGCCACGUACACCUUCAACGAGCCAGCCGCGUGGGACGUGCUCGCGGCGGAGCCGGCCCUCCUCUCUGCGGUCGCCGCCGCGCGGUGCGUGGUGCACGGCUCCCUCGCGCUGCGCGCGCCGGUGACGCGCAGCACGCUCGUCUCGGUGGUCGGCGCGGCGAAGCGGCGCGUCUUCGACGUCAACCUGCGGCCGCCGCACGUGGACGAGCCGGCCAUCGCCUCCGCCGCCGCAGGCGCAUGGCUCAUCAAGCUCAACGACGACGAGCUGCCGGAGCUCGCCCGCAUGCUGGGUCUCGAGGCGGGUGCCGUCGGCGACGACGCCGCCGAGCGCGCCUCUGCGGCGCAGCUCGCCACGGCGACCGGCGCGGCGGCCGUCUGCGUCACGCGCGGCGCAAAGGGCGCGGCGCUGUGGGUGGCUGGCCGCGAGGGCGAGGGGGAGUGGUCGCAGCACAGCGGCUUCGCAGCGGCGGUGGACGCGCGCGACACGAUCGGCGCGGGCGACUCCUUCCUCGCCUCGCUCAUCCUCUCUCUCCUCCCCGACGAGCCAGCCUCCCCCGGGGUGCGGCACGAGCUCGACGCCACCGACGCGCUCGCCCGCGCGUGCGCCAUCGGCGCCUUCGUCGCGAGCAUGCCCGGCGCCACGCCAAAGCACGACGCUGACGCCAUCGAGCGGAUCCGCGCUUUCGCGCCGUGAGCAUGACAGGGCGCGGCGGGGCGUGGCCGCCGCCGCCCGCAGGGGCCAGUGCGAGUGCCGCGAUGCCCAGUGCCCGCGCCUCGAACCGCGGUGUGAAUGUGAUAAUGAAAAGAGAGCGCGUUGGGCGUGAGAUGCAGCGAGAUAUUGAGAGAGGCAGUAGGCAGCAGAGCACACCCACACGCCAGGCUGCACAUACAGAUGUAUACACACCCAAAAAUAUAUUUAUUUAUUUCGUAUGGACAAGAGAAAAAAAUCAUCGAAAGAGAAAGUCUCAACAAUUGCAAGAAGAAAGACUAAAAAGAAGAGAGAGUCUCUGUGGGAGGGUCCCGCGCUCCCGGUAGCGUGCAUGCACACGCACAUGUACAUGUUAUGCUAAGGCCGAGUCGCGAGUGCAUGUGCAACACACACGGACACAGACACACACCGCGCACACGCUGAGGCUGAGAGUGCCCACCCCCGACAGACGCACGACACACGGCGGUCGGCGGCGCCGACGGCCGAGGAUACGGUGGGAGACGAACAGACCUGUAGAGGCUCUACAGAGCUCAGAGGUCUCGGCCCAGUCACGGCGCUCACGCGCGGGAGCCGGGACAGCAGCCGUCGGGUCCGGGGACGUCACACCUGGCUACACCUCACGGCUUCGCACGGAGCCGAGGCACAUCCGCAUCGCCGCGACCGCAGGCAGGAUGGACCCCGCGCCGUGGACGUCGGUGUUGGCCAGCUCGGCCUCCGUGGCCAGCGCAUGCUUGAACGAGACGUAAAAGAGGACGCGCUCCACGGGCUCCUCGGGCAGCGACGUGCGGUCCGGCGGCGCGACGUGUGGCCCGCCGCAGUGGAGCGUGCGGCUGUCGUACAGCGUGCAGUCCCCCGAACGCAGCAGCGCCACGACCGACGGGGCCCCCUCGAGCAAGUCCGACUCUGGCGUGCCGCGCUCGUGCUCGCGCUCGAGCUCGCCGUGCAACCGCAAGCAGUUGUGCGUGUGUGGCAGGAAGCGCGUCGGGCCCUGAUGCGCCGAGAUGUC